CGUUUUCUUUAUUUGCAAAAACAAAAAUAAGACAAACCCUAGGUCUUCUUCUUCCUCUUCCUCUAUCGCAGUCGCAACUCAGGGUGGUUGAACGGCACCGACCUAAUCGUUAAACCCUAGCGACGUCGUAUUUAGAAUCGGAGUAUUUAUGGGGAAGAAGAAGAAGAGAGUCGCUUCAAAAGUAUGGUGUUAUUACUGCGAUCGUGAAUUCGAGGACGAGAAGAUCUUGGUUCAGCAUCAGAAAGCUAAGCACUUCAAGUGCCAUGUUUGUCAUAAGAAGCUUUCAACUGCUGGUGGUAUGUCCAUUCACGUUCUUCAGGUCCACAAGGAAAACGUCACCAAGGUGCCGAAUGCAAAACCUGGUAGAGAGAGUACAGAGAUUGAAAUAUAUGGAAUGCAAGGGAUUCCACCAGAUGUAUUGGCUUCUCAUUAUGGAGAUGAAGAUGAUGAUGUUCCCUCAAAGACAGCCAAGGUGGAUAUCCCAUCAACUCCAUUUUUAGGUGGAAUGGCACCACCUCCUAUGGGUGCCGGAUAUCCUCCCCGAUCAAUGAUGGGAGCCAUUCGACCAAUGUAUAAUCCUACUCUACAAGUACCUCCUAAUGCUUGGGGAGUGGCUCCACCUCGGCCUCAGCCAUGGUAUCCUCAGGCUCCAGCUGCUUCAAUUCCCCCUCCUGUUCCAUAUGCACAUCAACCAUUAUUUCCUGUGCAGAAUGUGAGGCCUCCAAUGUCAUCAACUAAUUCACCCGCAUUACAAGCUCAGAUUGCUCCUCCUGGACUGCCAACAUCUACACCUGUCCCAGUUUCACAGCCUUUAUUUCCCGUUGUUGGAAAUAAUCACACAACGGCUCAAAGUUCACCAUAUUCUGCCGCACCUCUGUCGUCAACUGUUCCAUCAGGAACUCCUGUGUUUUCUUCAAAUGUCCCUAUUGAUGCACAUUUGGGCAUUAACUCUUUGACUAGUUAUCAAGCAAUAGGGCUUCAAGGCGGGACAGCAAGUAACUCACAUUCUUACGCGUCUGGCCCAAAUACCGGUGGUCCUUCAAUUGGACCUCCCCCAGUAAUUUCAAACAAAGCUCCUGCUACUCAGCCCGCCACUAACGAAGUCUACUUAGUUUGGGAUGACGAGGCAAUGUCCAUGGAGGAAAGAAGAAUGUCUUUAACAAAAUAUCAGGUGCAUGAUGAAAGUAGCCAGGUAAGUCAUACUACCUUUUUAAUACAUGGAGUUGCUUUCACAUCUAACCAGAUGAGUAGGCUUUAUGAUUUCUAUUUUCAGAUUCAGUUGUUUACAUAUAUUUAAAGAGGUACACUCUGUAUAAGUUUCUAAUCAUUUUAAAACAAUAAAUAGCUAAAAUCAAAUGAUCAUUUUAAUCCUCCUUCUUGCUUCCCUCCUAAAUGGUUAUUACAUUUUUUUAAAGGGGCCACUGCGGCUACAAGCUGAACUUCCAAAUAGCUAUUCUACUAAUUCCAUUUAGUUAAUUUUAACAACAUAAUUUAUGAAGCUUGCUGCACACAAUCAACUUUGUGAUCCUUCAUCCUAUUGAAUUGUGUAAUUCAGGUUAGUUUAAACAGUUAAAAGUAGUUAGUUAGUAAAAGUGUUAAACUUAAUGUCAGUUAAAAGAGUAACUGACUUCUGUUAGUAAUGUCUAGCCCAACUGGGUUACCCAAUUGUGUAUAAACUUGUGGGUUACCCAAUUGUGUAUAAAUUUGUGAUUAAGAAUAAAAACCCAAGUGCAUUAUAUCCAUCUAUUAUCUCUCUCCAAAUUCUCUAAGUUCGAGUUACAAACUGUUCAGUGUGUGCUGUGUCAACGCAUCCCAGCAUUUGAACAUGAUAAAAAAGUAUGUAUGUGAUUUUUCGAUGGGUUUGGUUUUACCAAUGUUAUUAUUUCUUCCCCUUGUUUUAUUCCAAAGUUUGGGGUUUUGGGUGGAACAUGAUCUUUACCCAACAGAUUUUUGCUCAUUCGUAGCAUCAUUACAAUUUAUUUUAUGGAAAAAGUGAAAUUCAGACUUGGCCCAGGUCAGCUUCUUUCGUAGAGUUUGGAUCUCUUGCAUAAGACCAUGCUCCAAAAUAAUUUAUUUUGUUGUUGUAAUUUGUAGUCUAUGACAACUUGUUCAUGAAUAUUAUCAUGUUGAUCUUGCAGAUGAGCUCCAUUGAUGCCGCCAUAGAUAAGAGGAUACUUGAAAGCAGACUUGCUGGGCGUAUGGCAUUUUAGGUCAAUCUCAUCCAUGUACACUUUAUUAAGCUUCUGAAAAUUAGUAUUCAACACUCCUUCAAUUAAUUGAUGAAGUUGCCAUUCUUUGCUAAAAUGGGCAAAAUAGCCCUUUCAGUCAUAUUUGAAUUAGAGGAAGAAGGUUGCAAUGGUUUUGAAAAGGCAUAUCUGACAGUAUUUGGGCUUGGGAAGUUGCAGACUAUUUAUUUAUUUAUCUUUGUAUUCAGACUUUAGGACAUGUUUCUUAUAUACUUCACUACCAUUUUGGUGUAAUCUUGAUUUUGGGGGAAAAUGGCUGCAUUUCUCUAUUCUUGAUUAUUAUAUAUAUGUUUUGUUUAUUUGUAA